AUUCAUGACAAAUACUCGGGAAGAAUAUUUUAUUUCUAAUCGAAGAUCGAGGAUUUUGUUAUUAAAAUGAUGGAAAAUAAGCGCAAUGUUUCCGCUCAAUUUAAUAUACCUAUGCCAAUAUUGAGCGAAUUAGAUACAAUGCGUAAACUUAUUGGAAAUUACAGGAAUCGUGUAUUGAGAGAAUUUGUUAUCGAAGAGAAGGAAAGUAAAAGGACCCUGUCUGUUUCUUAUGGCAUGAAGAGACCACCAGCGCCGAAGAAACUUUGGAUUCAAGAAAACUACGACCGGUUCAUUGCUGAUACACCAAAUGAAUAUUUAGUGGAACAAAGCUUUUUGACCCAAAUUGGUUUUGUUUGCUCUUUGAUUUACACCCCUGAUGGUGAAAAUAUCAUUGUGGGGCACUCAAGUGGAUUAAUCCAGAUGCGUCACGGCAGUACGGGAACAGUGCUCUGUACUUUAAGAAACAUCCAGUAUCCGCCGAAGCCGGUGUACGCUCUCGUGUACAGUUUGCACGAAGAGAGAGUUUGUUAUGCAGCAUGUAUGGACGGUGCGGUAUACCGUAUUGAAAUACCUAAUAUUGCAGUAUCAACUCACAACCCACCGGAUUACUGCAUUAGAGCGGACCCCGCGCUUGAAUGUUUGAACACACAGUUCUACGGAGCCCCGGGCAUUUCAUCCUCCGCCACUCCGUUUGUAACACAGAGGACGCCGGCUCUCUCGCUGGGCAUUACAGCUGACCAGACCAAAUUGGUCGUUGGUUACGCGGACGCCAGCAUAAAAGUAUACGACAUGGAGACACAAGAGUUGGACAUGACAUACAAAGUGCAAAAGUUACGCUUGCAGUUCAUACCAAAGAAACUGCAGCGUAUGCACACUGAUCAAGUGUGCGCGGUGCGUUGUCACGACCAAUACGUCAAUAUGUUCGCCAGCGGCGCUUGGGACAGGACUUUACGGAUUUGGGACGUUAGAUGUCAAACAGGUUGCGUAACUACAUUUGAAGGUGUUAAUAUAUGUGGAGAUAGUAUUGACUUAAAUAAAAACCAAUGCAUAGUCGGCAGCUGGCAGCCGACUGAAGCCUUGACAGUGUGGGAUAUAACCGCUAAGAAAAAAAUUAACGUUAUACGUGUGCAGAAUCGAAGACCAGAUGUCGACGGAGAGUAUAUCUAUACUUGCCGAUACUGGAAAUCUACAGACUAUAACCGCAAAGGCAAAUACGCUCUAAUAGGCGGUAGUGGGACGAGCUGUUUGGAAGUGAUCAAUUUGCACAACCGGUACAUCAGCUGCUCGUACCCCGCCGCGGGCAGCGUGCUGGCCGCCGCCAGCCACCAGCAGCGCAUCGCCUUCGCCGGCACCGCGCCCGUGCUCUACAUCGUCAGCUUCCACGACCCCAAGCACGAGAAGUACAAAGAUAACACCGAAGUUGACUCCUCCACCUGGACACCGCGGAAGAGCGCACUGGAUUACUCGUCGACGGUAGAACAGCAGGUUCGAAGCGUUUCAAAGGUUUCUCGGAGCGAGUGAAAAAUGUAAGAGCAAAAUGUGUUAACUUUAUACUGUAAUAUAACAUUUCUAAAGUUCUAAAUUGAUGAACAAGGUAGG